AUGUGGUGGAUGAACCCGGGGAAGGAGGUUCUGAACGUCCUCUUCAAUCGUAUCCUUGCCCCGUACGUGGAGAACAUGGAUAUGAACCAGGUCAAUUAUGGAAUCGGACAAGGCCAAUUGACGCUCACAAACCUGCGAAUGAAAAAGGGCGCGCUAGAUAAGUUUCGGCUUCCAGUCGACGUGUUAGAAGGACACCUUGGCAAGUUCACCCUCUCCUUGCACUGGAUGAAUUUGGGAAACCAGCCUGUGGAGGUCCUGGUCGAGGAUGUCUACAUCUUGGUAGUUCCAUCAACACAGUCUAGUUAUGACCCAGAGGAGGAGGAAGAAAGAAUGCAGGCGGCCAAAGCCGAGCGCCUCCAAAAUGCGGAACUAUUACACAUGCGCGGGCAGGCUGAGACCUCUUCAGAUAGUUCUCCACAAAACCAGGGACUGUGGCAAAGCUUAAUGGCCAAAGUAAUAAACAACUUACAAGUCACUGUCAAGAAUAUCCAUAUUCGUUACGAGGACAAAUUGAGCGUUCCAGGGCAUCCCUUCGCUGCGGGACUAACACUGGCAGGGUUUGAAGCAGUCUCAGUGAACGAAGAGUGGCAGCCCUCAUUCAUCGAGAGCACCGCCGGGGCCAUUCACAAGCUGGCAAACCUACAAUCUUUGGCAGUAUACUUCGAUACCGAUUCCUUAAGCAUAGCUGGCUUACCUCCCAAUGAGUCCAUACAAAAGUUCCACGAUAUGAUCGCAUCCGGAACUCAAACUGCAGAGCACCAAUUCAUAUUGAAGCCAGUAUCCGGAGAAGGCAGAGUUGUCGUGAACCAUAAAGUGGACAACCAUACACCUCGUUUUGACUUGCAACUAUUAUUUGGUGAGAUAGGCGUCGCAUUGGACGACCAUCAAUACCGAGAUGUGAUAUCUCUAUUGGAUAUGUAUCAUGUGUAUAUUAGACAGCACCAGUAUCGAAAAUAUCGUCCUGGUGAUGAGGAGUUCUCCAUCAAUACGGCCAGUGCCCGAUUACACUUUGCUGGAAUAGCGAUACUGGAAGAAGUGAGAGAGAAGAAUAGGAAGUGGACAUGGGCUUAUUUCGCAGAACGUCGGGGCGACAGAAAUAAGUAUGUUGAUCUGUUUCAGCGAAAACAGUUAGGCGCGCUACCUCUGAUAGACCAGAAAGACUUGGACGCUCUAGAAAGAAAACUUUCGUAUGAAGAUAUUCGAUUUUACCGAUCCAUCGCUCGUUCUAGGCUUCGAAAAGAUACAGCAUUGCGGAAAAGACUGGAAGAGGACAAGACCAAGCAACAACCAACGAAGCAGAGCUGGUCCAAUUGGCUAUGGGGUUCAUCUGAAGACACCAAGCAAGAAGACCCGGCUUUUGGCGGCCCGAUGACUGACGAGCAGCGGCAGCAGCUGUAUGAGGUCCUCGAUUACGACGAGAAGAGCGCAGUUAUCGAGGCUCUUGAAGCACCGCGAGAUUCAUUGAAGGCUCGCCUAUCAGCUAGGCUGAAUAAAGGUUCUUUCGUUCUGAGAACCGAUCCUCAUGGGACGUCUGAUGAAAUCAUCUCCGUCGUCUUUGACGUUUUCCGAGCCAAUGCCAUCCAAAGGGCAGACAAUUUGGAGGCUUCUGUUUCACUUGGUGGAUUUGGUGUAUUCGAUGGUACUACUCGAGGGACCCUCCAUCAUCAGAUCGUAUCCGUCAAAGACAUUCCGAGUCCCAGGGACGAGCAGGACCAAGAUGACUCUUUCUUAUCCGUGAAGUUCGAGCACAAGCCACUUGACGAACGCGCUGAUAACGCCUUAACCGUUCGCAUGCGGCAUAUGGAAAUUGUUUACCACAAAGGAUACGUCGAAGCAAUUUACAAAUUCUUCAAACCUCCAGAAAGCCAGCUCGAAUCCGUAGAGGCGCUACUGAAUGCUGCCAGCCAAACUUUAGAAGGAUUGAGCAAGGAAACACGAGCUGGGUUGGAAUUUGCGCUCCAGAAUCACAAAACAAUCGACAUACAAAUGGAUAUGAAUGCGCCUGUCAUUAUCAUUCCAGAGGAUGUGACGACGAAAUCGUGCAAACAUUUACUUAUCGAUGCCGGACAUAUAGCAAUUGAAAGCGAUCUGGCCGACAAAGAGGCUAUUCGAGUGGUCCAUCUCAAGCGCAAUCAACAAUAUAGCGAUGAGGACCACAAACGACUCGAGAGUCUAAUGUACGAUAAGGUGUCCCUGAAGUUGAAAGAUGCCCAGUUCAUCCUUGGUAACGAUCUGGAAUCCUGUCGUAGGGCUUUGACAUCGGAGAGCAACAAUGCGUUGCACCUUGUGGAGCGUAUCAAUGUUGACCUUCAGGUCCAAAACUCCAUUGUACCAUCUGUUUUGAGUCUUUCGAGGUUUAAGGUGUCGGGAAACCUUCCGACUUUGCAGGUCAACCUGUCUGAUACCAAGUACAAAUCGCUAAUGCGGCUUAUUGAUGUCUGCAUACCAAAGUUCGGCGAUGAUGAUACACCACUUGCACCAGAUCACGCUACUGCAAAGUUCCCACUUGCUCCAGGUCUUUUCAGUCAAGGAGAACAAGAGUACAACCUUGAGGAUGACGCUGAAGGCGACGAUGCUGGUGUGUCUAGAGAUGAGUUUUAUGAAGCGAGCGAUGAAUUCCGACCAGAUAUCCAUCAACAUAUCUUCGAUUUUGAUUUUCGUGUGGAUGAACUCAAAGUUCAUCUGUACAAAGCAACAGCUGACAACGUCGAGAAAGCGCUUGGCAAUGUUUCUCUUGACAAGUUUUCAUUGAUUUUUGCAUCAACUAAAUAUGACAUGAAGGUGGAUGUGAAUCUACGGGCGCUUUCCAUGGAUCUCGUUCAACCAGACGCUGAUUCGAUUAAAUUUAUGUCUUCUUUGGAACUGGAGUCGUCGCAAGACAAGGACCUCUUGAGCGUUACCUAUACCCGUAUUCGACAGCAGUCACCCCAGUUCUUCAGUGUCUAUGACGGUGUGGAGCAAAAGGUCGACGUGAGGAUUUCCACUUUUAUCUUCCGUGCAGCUCCCGAACCGGUCGUCUCGUUAUACGAUUUCAUUGUGACCACUUUCGUUCCUCAUUCCAUCGACCAGAUGGGCGCGCAAUCAGUGCAUUCCGGUGCACUGGGGACAGGCGCUUCAAAGUCAAGCAACGCUGAAGGAGGCAAAAUACAUGUGGCAGUCAAACUAGCGAGCGUUCAAGUUGUACUCGUGAACGGGCACGCGAGCCUGGCUACGCUGUCUUUGUCAACGGCAGAUGUUGACGUGCUGUUGCGGCCUAAAACCCUGCGCGUAUCUGGCCGUCUUGGAAGUUUAUCACUUAGCAAUGACUCCGAACUAUACGCGGUCCGACCAGAAUUUGAUCAGAUCAUGUCCAUCGAGGGACAGAACUUCGCUGAAUUUCUGUACGAGACAUACGAUCCGGACGCAGAAGCUUACAAUGGCGUCAAAACUUUCGUGGAUUUGAAGGCAGCCUCUGUCAAGCUCCAUUUUCUAGAAAUGCCUCUACAUGACAUAUAUUUGUUCUUAGUGAAGCUUGCCAAGCUGAAAGGUUUGUACGAUGCUGCAACGCAAGCGGCGGUUCAAAGUGCACCAGAGAUUGAACGGAUGCGAUUUGACAUUUCUAUCAAGUCGCCUAUUGUCGUAUUUCCUUCAGAUGCUAAUCACUCGCGAGACGCGCUUGUACUACGAUUAGGAGAAAUCUCGGCUCGGUCAUCGGAAACAGAACCUAACAGAUUUACCACUGGUUUAAGAGGAAUACAACUUGUUUCCAACAUCUAUUCUGGUGGCGAACUCUCUGGACUCAAAAUCAUUGACGAUACCGACGUAACGGCGGAUGUAGCUCAAGCGAUUAGCGUUGAUCGAUCUCAUGCUUUCGACCAGCCUGAUACACAGGUUGUAGUCAAGAUCUCAGAUGUCCGACUUCAUUUGACACAGGUCCAAUACGGAAUUCUUAUUCGCUUAAGUCAAGCGAUACCCAGAGUUCUGGCCGGGGCCCCCGAAGGGUAUGCAGAAGCAGAAUCGGUAGCGUCGGCGAGUCCAUUUCCCGAUGCUACAGGCGAUUCUCGGCAAACGUUGGUGCAAUUAGGACCCGAACUACGGAUAGUAUCAUUCGCAGAGCGUCGCAAUUGGACUACCAUAGAUUUGGUCGUGGCCGUCGACACGGUGAAGCUUCAUCUGUACGACGAGCUAGCUACCACCGCCGCUAAACUCAAAGAACAUGGUAUCGCAAGGUUUGCCUUGAACCGGAGUGAACUUCGAUACAAAAUACUAUCAGAUGGCUCCGGUGAAGUACAAGUGGUGCUCAAGUCAUUCACUAUGAGCAAUACUAGACCGGGAAACACAAAAUUCCGAGAAAUUAUCCCCGCUGCACAGCACGAUCGCAAUCAGUUUAUGAUUCUCUAUACCAUGGCUGGAGGUUCCAAAGGUCCAUCUUUGGCUAUCUUGACUAUUGAUUCUCCUCAGAUCAUCUUCGCUGUCGAUCCUGUCUUCCGGUUGAUCAACUUUUUCACCAGCGCCUUUGACUUAAGCGACGUAGAGAAACAAACUGUGAUUCCAACACCCGAUAGUCUCGAAAGGGAGAGCACUAACCAGUCAAGUCUGGAUUUCCGUGUCGACUUACACAAUGUCUCUGUUAACGUCCUCGAAAAUGACGCUGACGCCGAUACACAAUCUAUCAAGCUCACUAUCAAGCAAAUAAUGCUAUCGCAACAGGGCGUGCUUGCGCUCACUAUCAACCGCUUGGGAAUGUCGCUGAUGUCCAUGGGGAAGGACUCUGAGACCGUCCGAUUUUUGGAUGAUGUCGAUAUGACCUUUUCAUUGGAUGGUCGGUCAACUAUGUCACAGCAAAUGACAAGUAUUGAAGUCAACGCUAAACCCAUCGUAUUUCGAGCGUCAUACCGUGAUAUCAAGCUGAUCACUACCAUUAUUAACAAGGCUAUCGAACUUCACGGAAAUUCUCGGUCGGAUAGUACCCCCAACAGAGUCUUUGGAUCUCAGUCUAUUGCCGAUAGGUCCGAUAACUACGUAUCAAAAGGGUCGUCCAAGAGCGCCACGAGAACUCGAGCUUAUCCAGUAGGUAAAGCUCGUAUAUCAAUGUCAAAAGAACAGUUAAAAGGCUCUUUCGAUGGAUUCCGUCUUGUCUUGAUUGGAGACAUGCAUGAGCAACCGAUGCUGCAUCUCAAAGUGAAACGGUUUAUCGUCGGGGCCAAGGACUGGUCUGGUGCUUUGCACGCUACGACCACAAUGACAACACAUAUCAGUUACUGGAACCUCACGAAUUCUCAUUGGGAGCCUCUGAUUGACCCCUGGACAUUUACAAUCAUAGCUUCCAAAGAAGAUGCUGUUAGCGGCAUCAAUAUAGGACUUUCAGCUCGAGAACGUCUCGACUUGAAUCUCAGCACAACUUUUGCAGAGUUGGCCAUCACUACGGCAAACAUGUGGAGUGAAGAAGGAGAACGUGUACUUCAAAGAGCCCGCGGCAGUUAUGCACCUUACCGCAUUCGAAACAGAACGGGCUCUACCAUCCUGGCAUGGUCAGAAGUCACUAGUAGAGGUUCGCACGACGGGGAAUCUAUCAAAAUCUUGAAUGAAGAGACGAAAGACUGGCGAUUUGAUGACUGGAAGGCUCUGAGAGAGCAUGUUGCAUCUUCAGGACAACACUGCAUAGGUGUGCAGGUGGUCGGUACACCUUGGGAACGGAUUGGAAGCAUUCCGGUCGACAGAGAAGGAGAAUUUACCUUUCCUUUGAAGCCGCCAACCGAGAAGCUUGUGAACCGCCUACUGUGCGAAGUCAAAGUCAUCGACAAUGUCAAAGUCGUCACAAUACGUUCCACGUACAAGAUUGAGAAUCACACGCUAUAUCCUUUAGAAGUUACGCUUGUUGAUGAUCACGGUCAACCCGUCCAUUCUCUCGAGAAAAUCGUUCCUGGUCAGGACUACGCUAUACCAAUCGACGCCGUUGUCAGUCAUAGGAUCAGAAUACAGCCUGAUCAGGGAUUCGGGUACAAGUGGUGUCCCGCGAUCCGAUGGGAGGAUUUGAUUUUGACAAAAAGCUUUACUGUCAGAUGUCCCCAUAGUGAUCCGCGUGAAGCAGCGUUCCGUUUCCAGGCAUGCGUUGAUACUGAUUUCCGCGAUUCUGGUUUGCGAAAAUAUCCCAAGAUCAAUUUGAAACUUCGGGCACCUCUAGAGUUGGAGAAUCUACUUCCUUACAAUCUCCAAUACAGGGUCUACGACAAGGACACCGACCAGAAUUGGCGAAGCUACCUGCGUAAAGGAGGAAUAAUGCCUGUCCAUUCCGUUGAACUUGGUCACUUGGUCUUGCUCAACGUUGACAUAGAGGAUAGCGUGUUCGAACAAAGCGAAUUUGCCAUCAUCAAUACCGACGAAAAUUCUGAUUUCGAUGUAGAGAAGCGACUUAGUCUCAAAGAUCCUAAGGGCAGAAAGCUAACGCUCAAAUUGAAUUACGUACGGUAUCCCGAUUCAGGAGGGGCUUUCAAAGUCCAAAUAUACAGCCCUUAUGUUGUUGUGAAUAAAACAGGGUUGCCUUUCGCUAUCCGUUCGGUUCGAUCGACACGAUCUCAAGACGUAGCGGGAGAUGAUCGUCAAGAGGAACUUAAGAAGCCAGUACCUUUUUUGCUAUCACAUCAAGCAGGUAAUGGGCACGAGUUCUGUUUGAAGUUGGGGGAAUCCGCUUGGUCGAAGCAUUUUAGCGUGGAGGCUCCCGCCGCAGAAACUGCCCUAGUUGUGGCAUCUCAGACAUCGAAACUAGAUGAGCUACAUGUCGGACUAUCCUGGGGUGAAGGAUUAGGGAAGUACAAAUUAACGAAGGUCUUGACACUUGCGCCUCGAUUCCUGGUUACAAACAAACUCUCCGAGCCCAUUGUUUUUCGCGUGCAUGGCGUCGCUCUAGGAGACCGUUCAACGUUGAGUCCAGACGAACGAUGUCCCCUCAUCACUCUUCGCGCCAGCCCCGAGAAACUAUUAACCGUAGCGUUUCCAGGGUUAAACGCCUUUUGGUCACCGCCAAUCAAUGUAGAAGACAUAGGUUCCGUUCACUUCAGACUAAGAGGUCCUGGAGGGAAGAGCAAAGAUAUGCGCUUGAUACGAACUGAUGUAAAACUCGACGGAUCAACCAUUUUUGUGUCGUUUGCGUCGGGCGAUAACGAAUGGCCUUUUCUUAUAGAAAACGGCAGUGAUUCCGCCUUCUCCUUUAGCCAACGGGACACCCGUGAUGAUAACCGUGCAACAAAAUCAAAUCCUGCUUAUACAGUGGCUCCUCAUACGUCCUUACCGUAUGCUUGGGAUUACCCUGCUUCACGAGACAAAAAGAUUACCCUGGCCGUCAAUGGGUCUCGUCGCGUCAUUGAUAUCAUGGAAAUCGGCAAUCUCGUCCCUUUCAAAUUUAACGACGGGCAACGCAAUCGAGUAGUUUCUCUCGAUGUCCGUGCAGAUGGACAAAGGCAGAUUUUGCGAAUUACGAAUUACAAUCCAGAACAGAGUCUCUACAAGCCCAAGAACAAAAGUCUGUCUGGUUCUGUCUUGAGACAGGAUACCAUUUCAAGUGCGGAGGCUUUUGAGGCCAUUACAGAGGAUAUUGUCCCAACAUUUGGAUUCAGCAUCAACUUCGCCGGCAUUGGGAUCUCGUUGGUCAACCGCCGAUUAAUUGAGGUCAUAUUCGUGUCAAUGAACACAUUGUCGUUUAACUAUACGAACAGUCCUGUGGUUCAGACAGUCAAUAUUUCUUGCGGGAGCCUGCAGAUUGACAAUCAACUACAUGACGCACUUUAUCCAGUCAUUCUCCAGCCCACACCUAUGCCCAAGGAAUCCAACGGGGUUGCUCCCUCGCCAACUGUACAGGCCUCAAUAAUCUGGUUAAAUGAUGCAGAACAUGGUGUUUUGUUCAUCAAAUAUUGUUCCAUCCUGUUGCAAGCAUUGACAAUCGAAGCUGACGAAGACCUUCUUUUCUCUAUCUACGACCUUACUCAAAUUCAAGGUGCCUCUUGGGAGGCGGGUGUAGAUGAUGUGUUAAUCCAAGACGCUGAUGUUAUACCAGAGCCAAAAGGAACAACUGCUGGUCAGGAACUAUACUUUGAAGUGCUGGAACUACAACCCAUCAAGUUAUCCUUAUCCUUCAUGCGUACUGAACGCGUCAGCAGCGAGGAAAAGCUUAGCAUCAGAAAUCCUCUGGCUGUCGUUUUGAACGCGUUGACGAUGACGGUGGGAAACAUCAAUGAUGCUCCACUGGAGAUGAACGCCCUCGCGAUAAAGGAUAUGCGCCUCAAUUUUCCGGAGCUUCAGAGCCGCAUAACUUACCAUUAUCGACAAGACGUCCUUCGUCAGCUCUAUCGUAUCCUUGGAUCGGCUGACUUCAUUGGUAACCCUGUCGGUCUCUUUACCAAUGUCAGCUCUGGGGUCGCAGACAUCUUCUACGAACCGUUCAAUGGUGUUGUCAUGCACGGUAACAAGGAAUUAGGCAUCGGUCUAGCUAAGGGUGCAGCGAGUUUCGUGAAGAAAACAAUCUUCGGAGUUAGCGAUAGUAUGACAAAGUUUACCAGCAGCGUUGGCAAAGGUAUUUCAGUGGCAACUUUCGAUUCUGAGUAUCAAGCUCGUCGAAGGAUGACCCAGCGUAGGAAUAAACCACGCCAUGCCAUCUAUGGUGUAACCGCUGGGGGGGAAGCUUUAGCGACUAGCGUUGCCAGUGCCUUCGAAGGCGUCAUGAAACCUUACGAAGGUGCCGAGUCUGGAGGUGCGUAUGGAUUCUUCAAAGGCGUCGGGAAAGGGGUAGUUGGAGCCGUCACCAAACCUGUUGUUGGUGUUUUUGAUCUUGUGUCGAACGUAUCGGCAGGUGUGCGGAACACCACUACUGUAUUCGACAGCCCAGAGAGGGAUCGCGUACGCCUGCCUCGUCUGGUACCCUCCGAUGGUGUCUUAAUUCCAUACUCAUCUCGUGAUGCUAUGGGGCAAUACUGGAUGCGAGAUCUUAACAAUGGUAUCUAUCGCAAAGAAAGCUACGUGGCUCAUUUCAACUCCCCUGGAAGCGACAACGUAGUACUGCUUACGGCGUCCCGGGUGCUAUCGUUUUGGUCGAAAAGGCUCAGAUUAGACUGGGACCUUCCGUUCACCGAGGUUCAAGGAGUGACAGUUGAGGAUACCGGCAUUCGUUUUGCACAUAAGGCCGGGAAGGAGCAUGACAAAUUCGUCUUCAUACCAGAAAAAUCUUCUCAAAGCUGGUUCUUCGACAGGGUCGCCGGGGUGGUUAGAACUUUCAAUCUGCGGCGUCGAAUGGAAGGAUAA